GUCGAAGGGCACCAGCUCACGGUCAACAUGGUUACCACUACCUCCGCUUCCCGUUUAGCACAAGUAAUACAUUUCGCAUUAGCACCAGCCUUAAUACUUGCCCAAGACUACGUAACAGUGGACACACAAGAAGGAACACUCAGAGGCGUGUUGUCACUGACAUACACCGGAAAUCCUAUUUACAGGUUUCAAGGUAUUCCAUAUGCAGAGCCCCCAGUUGGAGAUCUACGUUUUCAGCCACCAGUGACAAAAGCAGCAUGGUCUGGAGUUAGAGACGCCCUGGCGGUGGGGUCGCAGUGUCCCCAGUAUCGAAGUGGUGCGACGUCUGGCGCCGAAGACUGUCUUUACCUCAAUGUUCAUGGUCCAGGGACACCGUCGCAAAAUGGAACCCAGAAAGCUGUUAUGGUUUGGAUACACGGCGGAUGUUUCACAGGAGGAUCUGGUUCGCCGGUAGCAGACUAUUUUGUGGACAAUGACGUCAUAUUCGUUGGCAUAAAUUAUCGGCUGGGACUUCUUGGUUUCUUAAGCACCAGUGACGAAAUCGUCCCCGGGAACAUGGGCCUUAAGGAUCAAGUGGAGGCCCUUCGCUGGGUGCAGAGGAACAUAGCAGCGUUUGGUGGUGACCCAGACAAAGUCACUAUCUUCGGCCAAAGUGCUGGAGGGGCCUCCAUUCAUUACCACGUCCUAUCUCCAAUGAGCAAAGGUCUAUUUAAGAAUGCAAUAGCAAUGAGCGGAUCAGCAAUGAACCCUUGGGCAUUCUCUAGAAAUGCAACCGAUAGAGCUGUACGGUUUGCGGGAACUCUAGGAUAUACAGGAACAAGUUCCAGCGACCUUGUAAAUUUUCUGAAAACAGUGGACCCGAACACACUAGUUAUGGACUCAUCCAGUGCGUUAUCUGAGGAGGAUAGCAAGACCUUGUUCUCCUGUGUGUGGGUACCCAGUGCUGAACCAGAACACGAUGGUGCGUUUUUGACGGAAGAACCGUGGACUCUGGUAGCUGAAGGGCGCUACAACCUGGUUCCCUACAUGUCUGGUGUCACUGACCUCGAGCAGCUUGCACAAACACAGCCUAACGGGGUGUUAUCCACAGAAGAGCGAGUAAGCAACCUGAACGAGAAUUUUGACGAAAAAGUCGGAUGUGAUCUACGCCUUCCGACGAGAGAAGAGAGACAGAAUGGAGCUCACGCCGUUAAAGAGUUCUACUACAACGGCAGUGACAUCACGUUGCAGGAUAACUACACCACAGCUCUGUUUGAUUCUCACCUCUUCUUUUCGGAAGGAGUUGACGCUGUCAUCAGGAGCAUGGCUCGCUAUUCCUCGGAGCCCGUGUAUUACUACGAGUUUACUUACGUCGGCUCUCUCAGCGCCUACCCCGGAGGACCAGGAGCUGCUCACGCUGACGAUACGCGUUACUUGUUUGCAUCGUCUUCACUCGAUCCCAAUACGGAGGAAGGUGUCAUUAGAGCUCAGAUGCUAGAAUUGUGGACCAAUUUCGCCAAAUAUGACAAUCCAACUCCGCAACAGAGUUCACUUGUGACAGUGACGUGGGAAGAGUACGACGAAUCGUCGCCCAACUAUUUGAUGAUAGCAGCUCCUCUUCGAACUGGAACCAGCUUAUUUGAGCCUUACAUGAACUUCUGGCAUGACCUGUUGCCGUAAAUCUUGUAAUGAUAACAUAACUAGUAGAGCGAAUUAACAGUUAAUUAAAUCCACAAAUAUUACCUAGUAAACUGCGUAACAGAUUCAUAUUGUAUAUUACAUAAGAAGGCAACCAUACAGUCAACAAAAUUAUUUUGAUCAUCAAGUAAAUCAUUUUCAUUCCUUGCUUACCAAAAUAAUAAUAACAAACAAGCCUUUCUGUUAUAACUUAACGAAUAAACAGUUGGAAUUUUCUGUGUA